UUGUGUAUGUGUCUGUGUGUAUGUGUUCAGCUAGCGCAAUCAACCUGGAGGUGUGCCAUCAUGGCAGAGGCGGCAGUGGCGUUGGCAGCAGUGGGGACCGCCGCCUGAGCCCCACCACCUUCACCCUCACCCGCAGCCCCCGGGGGGAAGCCUCGUCCUCCUCUGCCGAGCGGGCCAGCAGCGGCAAGAGCAGCGGCGGCCGCAAGCCCAGGAAGGGUCCAGGCUUCGCCGCGCCGUCCUCCACCAGGAUGGUGCCUCCGCCCCCCACCAACAAGCCGCACGUGUGCCUCUCCACCAUCCUCAUCAUGAGUAGCAUGGCGCUGAUGGACGCCUACCUGGUGGAGCAGAACCACGGCCCACGCAAGAUCGGCAUCUGCAUCAUGGUGACGGUGGGCGACCUGUGUUUCCUGAUCGUCCUGCGCUACGUGGCGGUGUGGGUCGGCGCCGAGGUGCGCUCGGCCAAGCGUGGCUACGCCAUGAUCCUCUGGUUCCUCUACAUUUUCGUGCUGGAGAUCAAGGUCUACUUUAUCUACCAGAACUACAAGGCCGACCGCAAGAGUCUGGACGCGCUGGCCCGGAAGGCCCUCACGCUGGUGCUGUCCAUCUGCAUCCCCGUGCUCUUCGUCGUCCUGGUGGCCAUUGACCACAUGGAGUACGUGCGCGCCUUCAAGAAGCGCGAGGAGAUCCGGAACCGCCUCUUCUGGGUGGUGGUGGACCUGCUGGAUGUGCUGGACAUCCAGGCCAACCUGUGGGAGCCGCAGAAGAAAGGGCUGCCGCUCUGGGCCGAAGGCCUCAUGUUCUUCUACUGCUACAUCCUGCUGCUGGUGCUGCCCUGCGUGUCGCUGAGCGAGAUCAGCAUGCAAGGGGUUAACAUCGUGCCGCACAAGAUGAUGCUCUACCCCAUCCUCAGCCUGGUCACCAUCAACGUGGUGACGCUGUUCAUCCGCGGCAGCAACAUGCUGCUGUACAGGGACAACCGCGUCUCGGGCAUCCUCAUAGGCAAGAACGUUUUGGCCAUUAUCCUCAAGACGUGCAGCUUCGUCCAGUACCGGCGGCAGCUGCAGAGCGCGCCGCCCGCCUUCGGCGUGGAGCUGCAGAAGAACACCGCCGCUGCCGCCGCUGCCGCUGCAGCCAAGAGCCGACCCGUGCACGUGGCGUCCCCACAGGUGAUCAUGCAGGACCAGACGCCCUUGCCCGAGGUCCCCCCUUGCGAGCACACAUGAUGCACACAGUGGGGCUCCGUGACCGGCUGAGGAUCACAAACUUGGAUCCACUGUGCAUUUCUCAUGGAUAUAUAUUCUCAAUAUAGAAACCAGACUAAAGGAUUCAAAAUGUUUCAAGUGACACAACCACCACUGAUUGCUCUAGAUUGCUGUUUUUUUUUUUUUGCAAGGUGCCCUUGGAAAGAAAUGGUGGACCUGUGGAGAUUCCUGUGACGUGACUCAGACUCAAAAACCUCUCAUGCAUUUAUUGGAUUACGUAUUUUUUUCUAAACAAGAAAAAACAAAAAACGAGUACAAAUGCAGAUUUAUACUUAUAUUUUUAAACAGUGUGUGGUAAG